AAGUUUGCAUCUGGUCUGUGUAUUUAUUUCUACCCCUGAGCCCCCUUUCGGAAUUGAACUAUCUGCCAUGUUGAAUUACUCAGAAUACUUCCCUUUCUUAGACUUCUUGUUAGACUUAUUGCUCUCUCCCAAUUCCCACACCCCAACCCUCAACCCCAACUGAGCGACUGAGAGGGCUAUCAACCAUCAUGGCCCUGAAUGACGGUCCCCCUUUCGGCCCCGUGGUCAACGGGACCAUGGUAGUCGUCUUCUGGGAAUACCGUCCAAGCAACGUAGCCGCCUACCUCUUCCUCGCCCUCUUCGCCCUCGCCACGCUCGGCCACCUCAUCUACCUAAUCUGGCUCCGCGCCUGGACCUUCAUCCCCUUCCUCCUCGGCGGCAUCUGCCAAAUCUUCGGCUACCUCGAGCGCGCAGCAGCCCACACCCAGCCCACCACCCUCCGCCCCUGGAUCCUGCAGAACAUGCUCCUCCUCGUCUCCCCGCCCCUCCUCGCCGCAACCCUCUACCUCACCCAGCACCAAAUCACCCGCGCCCUCCUCCACGGCACCACCCCCACCAACCCCCACCCCAAACGAAAUUGCUGCCGGACCUGCUGCACCCCGACCCCAACAAAAGCCUACAUCCUCGCCGACAUAAUCGCCAUCUUCACCCAGCUGAUCGGCACCGUGCUCCCCGCGAGCGGCACGCCCGAGGGCCAACAGCUCGGCAAGGCCGUCGUGCUGGCCGGCCUGGCCGUGCAGCUGGGCGCGCUGGGCGUGUUCAUGGGCGUCAGCUGCGGGCGGACGCACUUCCGGCUGCGGCGGGAUCCGAGCCGGUCGCGGGCGAUGGUGGCGGACCCGGGCGUGAAUUGGCUGGGGUAUUUUGUGGUGAUGGAGGUGGCGGCGGGGAUGUUGAUCGUGCGGAGCGCGGUGCGCGGGGCGGAGUUUUUGGAGGGGAGUAGGGGGGUGGUGAUGGGGCAUGAGGUGUUUGUGUACGUGUUUGAUGGGGUGGCGAUGCUGGUGGUGAUGGUGGGGUUUUUGGUGCUGUAUCCGGCGAGGCUGGUGAGGGAGGUGGAGAGGUUGGAGGGGAGGGAGAAGGGGGAGGGGAGGGGUGAGGGGGGGUUGUUGGGUUGA